AUGUCUUCCACAGGGCUACGCUCGGACAACUGCACCAUCCGUGUUGACGAUUUGCCUCUGUAUGAGCCUCCUCAAUGGCAUUGGAGCAAUUUGGAAGCUGGCGAGCACAAACUCACUGCCGAAGCUCUCAAGCUGCGCGAUGUCAACGGGCAGAUCCUGAAGGCAAACGAUAUCGAACUGGCUACCAUCAAGGGAACUAUCAAGCUGAAAUUUGGCGACAUCAUCGCCCUUGCAGGCGACUUUUUUACGAACCGUGAGGGAAAGGACCUGUACUUCCCCAUAUGUGGGGCUCCUGAAUUUGGUGAUUCGGGAACGAAGGACGAGGCUCAGAGGUUCAAAAACGCCGUGCAAAGUCUCACAGAAGACACUGAUGGCUUCCUUGCCAAUUUGAUGAAGCUUCUGCAGCUGGAACACAAAGCGGUCGUUGAUACACGAUCCAGAGAUGAGAGUGUUACUCACGCAUACCAUACCCAUGCUUGUGGGAUUCCCACAGACGAAGAAUGGGCGAAGAUAACGGGUGGUCUUAUCAUUGACGCGACCUCAGCUAUGCAUUACCUAUAUGCCUACAUUGCGUACACAAAUGCCGACCAUUUCGGCAAAGAUGCAAUUACAGCAUACAGCGUCGGGCAUAACAUUGCACUACAACUUGCACAUGAUGCUGCACAGAUGUCAACUGAAGCAGGAAAAUGGGGCAAGCUGAAGGAGGCCUACAUCUAUGAGGCUUUCGCCAGUCACUAUCUGACCGAUCUAUUCAGCUCAGGGCAUAUUCGGGCUCCCCGUCGCUACCUUCAUUCGUCUGAUGUGGAUGUCAUGAACCUUCGGGGCGUAGAGAAGGAAAUAUUGCAUUGCAAAGAAACACCUAUUUGGAAUUAUCAAUUACGUUAUAUGCAUGACGAUGACGGCGCAACUGGUAUACUGGUCAAGAAUAAGCUCGGUCACCAAUGGAUCAUGUAUGGCGACAAACAGUUUUUCGAGCCUAAGAACGUGGUCAAUCGGGCCAGAACCACUCAUGCGCUCCAGCUAUCUGUCGAUGAAUUGUUCUCAGCAGGCGUCGAGGCUGAUAUUCGUCCGUCCGACGAUUGGCGACAGAACAUGGCUCAAUUUUCUGUUCUGGAGUGGAUUGCUCAACCGAUGGCUUCUGUCGCGAGUGACCCUUGGGUCGAGUCAUGGGGAGGCAUUGAUAUCCAUAAUCCAGCCCCGCUUUGGCAGGCCCUGAGUGAAGUACCAGAUCCAGUAUCGGGCUGGACGACUCGAAUCGAUAUCAACGACCACUCAGAUCUUACAGGGCGCACGAUGAGUUCACCAGGCCUGUCUGAACAAUGGACAUUUGGGCCACCCUUCACAAAGGAAGCCCCUGGCAAGCUUGCCACUAAAGAAUGCAUCGCUGUUAGAGACGCAGACUUUCGAGGGGGUGAUGGUCAGUAUCCCUACGAAGAGAUGAUGCCAGGGCUGAUGUCCGGGGGGUUUGUCCAAAUCCAACACCUCAGGGUAGUUCCACAUCCAGAAGCGGUAGCCGUCAACUGGUGGCGACCGAUGAGUGUUUCUAUCGCGGGUCAACGACACGAGAAUUUCACGCUCUACAGCCGAACCCUCAGCCUGGAGCCUGUCCAAGCAUCACCCCCGCUCACAGGCGUAAAGACUUUGCAUUGGACUAUGCACUUCACGAAGUGGAGUCAACUCGUACUCACGCAUUACAUUUGGGCCGAAAACAAAGAUGCCGCCGGAGGGGAUAUCCAUCUCAGGCAGUAUGUCUUUGCACGCACCAACAUAGAACAUCCCUACGACGGCACAAAGAUAGAACUGGACAUUGGACAUCCCGGAAGCAUGGAAUUGAUACAGACCAGCGAGGAUGUUCGGCUGAUGAGCAACGUACGGAGCACAAAAGAGACGAACCUUGCCAGGUUUCUCAGCGGCAACUACCUGUCUAGCUCGGAUGCUCGUGACACAGUUCGGCUUGCUGUGUACAAUUCCGCCCAUCAAGUGUCCAAGGAAUGCAGUUUCUUAGGAAUGACCAUGAGAGAUCAAGAUGUUGUGUUCACACGAUCUUUCAAAAAAAGUAAAGAUAAGGAAGCACCUCAUGCAAUCCUGUUGGCCAAAGCAUCUUCUGGGAACAGCGCCACAAAUUGCGAGUUCUCUCGCAUCUCCUUCAACAAGAGUGCGGAUGCUAAUCGGGCAGUUUCUCUUGAGCUAAGCUUCAAGUCGUCAGAUUCCUUGCAAGGACCUUGCGUUUUGGUUGGAGACGUCUUUGACUUAGGUGCAGACCACGCCGUGUGCAUAUCUGGGGACAUUUCUAGCGUCUCCAUUGCCACAUUCGGUAUCGCUGACAGCAGUGACGAGAUGGUAUUCCGCGGCCUGCACCGGUGCACGAUGGAGGAAACAUUACCCCUAGUACAACCAUACCUCACUGCGCUCACCCCGUCAAUCGGCGGGAAGGGCCUCGAUGUUCUCCAGAUCUCGCUACACCAAGGGGCACAGGGCAGAAAGAAGAUUCUAUUCAGAACACACACCCGGAACGCCCAAGGUCCUGGUCAACAGAGUAACCCCUGGAGUGGUUGUCAGCAGAGUGAGUGGUACGAUGACCCACUGGCAUCUAACAAAGAUGGACGCUACUUCAGUAUGAAGUGGAUACGUUGUCGCUACAAGAUCGCAGAGAGCGAGUACUGGGGUGUCCUCGAGGUCUUCAGUUGGUAUGGCAUCAUUGGAACACGCCUCUUCGGCCAGAGCUCGUCCCGUUACCAAUACGAACUGGUUGGCCAGCAGCCAUACCUCGGGCAAACAUCUGUAAUCGCCGGUACUGGCUGCACGGGAGAUUGGAGCCACGGAAUCUUGCCCUGGACUGCACAGGAUGAUUGGGUAGACUCAGCGGCGUUCCAGCCUUGGAAUAGGACUGAUCUUCGAGCCGGAUCUUGGGGGAUGAUGAAGAGAGAUUUUGAGAGGCAAAGAGUAGAGGGAUGGCAAGUUGAUAAGCGGCCUACAAGAUGA